UUAGGGAAUCACUCAUAUUCUAGAGAAAUGAAACCACAAAAUAAUCCUAAGUGUAUUAAUGUAGCCAAAAUAUCUGUGUUCUUAUUACUGUAGGGGUUUGGGGGCUUUAUAUGAAGUCCGACAACCAGUGAAGUGACGUAGAGUUCCUUCAUGUUUUCCUCUUUUUUUGGGGGGGAAACGCAUCUUAAUUUGAAGUCUUAUAUCAAAGUUGUUCCUCAUAAGUAUGUGAUAAGGAAGAUAUAAAAUAUAUGCCAACUAUAUUUGAUUUAUUUGGUCUGUGUAGUUGAGGAACACAACAGCUAAAGCUUCCCGUCUGUGUUAGGUUCAUAUUGUGUGUACACAAACCAACAACAGUAGUUUGGACCACAGUUAUUAACAUCAUUAUAAGUGUUGUUAGUUGGAGGAAAUAACACUGUGGGUGGACGUGUACACUAUUUAAUUAGGUCACAAGUGUUAGUGAAGUGUCCCAGUUAAGGUCUGUGUUGUGGUCACACCUUAACAGUAACUGUUUUGAGAAGAAUGGAAAGAGAGAAGGAUGAACAAGAUGGUCUGCCUGACAUAUACCUCAGCCCAUCCCGUCUUCCAGAGCGAGAUAAAGAAGUCACUCGUACAUCCAGUGACACUGAUCAAAAUAUAUGGGAUGAUACAGACAGUGAAACAUGGAUUGCCUUAGUUCCAGAACUGACAACCACACAAGAAUUUCACUCAAAUCAGGAGCGCAGCAUGGAGCAGUGUCGAGGUACUUUUUCUCUUGGGGUGAGAGAAGAAAUUGAAGGUGUCUCCUCUCAGGAUUCUUCUGCUGCAGGGAACAACAUUGUUUUAGAUAGAAAUCCAACUUUGUAUGGAGAGAUGUCAACUACAAAUGAGGUUGACAGACUCCCUGAAGGAAAUAGAGAUACUGGUGGCAGCGUACCUCAGUCUGGAGAGACUGUAGGAAGAAGGAAUGAAUUAGUGCCGGCAAGUGGGGUUUUAGAGUGUUCUGGCCAGAGGGGAGAGACACCAGGCUCUGACUGCCCUCCUGUGGCAGGAACUGGAGCUUUUUCUAGGGCAUUUAGACAACCACUCAAAUUGGACACAAAUUUUCCCGUAACUUCAAAAAGUGAGUUGAUUUUCUCACCAGGUGGAGAUGAAGGCUUCAUGGUGCCUGGUGGUGUUCAUGCUUAUUAUGGCAGUGGCUCUGAUACUGAACCUCUGGAGUGGGCUGAUGGCGGGGAGGGUAGUACUGAAGCUCUGGCUCCAUUUCGUGAUGCUGUAGAAGGAGCUGAUAGUGGCACUCCCUCAAUUCAAGUGUAUCUUGGUAAUGUGACCCCGAGUGGACUACAAGAUAUGGAACGUAAUUCACCUGCCGGGUUGAGCACACCAGAUGCUGAUAUUGAUCUAACAGUUACAGCAGGAAGUAGAUCAAUAAAUAAAAAAUUAAAGAAUAGCAUUAGACCUCCAGUUGUGGGACAGAGUGAAGAACUGCUGGUCCAGGCCUCACGUAAAGAUUUAGGGUCAACUGAUGGUGAAGAAUCAGAAAACGAAAAUCAGAAAAGGAUAACAACAAAAACAACAGCAGAUCCCUACUCUACACCAGAGGCUCAACCUGGUUCCCUUGGUAGUCAGUCAGAGAACACAGACAGUGUAAACACUGUCCUGGAUAUGAGUCGGGGUGAAAUUCAAGGGUGUGAAACAGAUGAUACAAUAGAUACUCCUUUAUUAUCACCCUCACUAGUGUCAGAUUGUUCAACAUUACAGCCAUGUCCCAAGCCAGCUUUUGUAGUAGGGGGACUCAUCAGCCCUCGGGGAAAGUUUAGACAGUUUCAGAACACUGUCAGAGAUAGAAUGCAGGAUGUGAAAGCUUCUCUUGAGCAACAGCCAGGCAUUGAUUCACCAGUUCAUGUUGGCCGUGAUCAAUUCCUCAGUCAGCCACCUUUAUAUCCACCUAUCACUCCUGUUAGUGAGCAAGAAGUAUCAUUAGCAUCCAUGAUAUCUGUAGAAUCAACCAAUCAUCCAGAUUCCUCUGAACGUGUCACUUCUCCAUCGGUCUUAUCAGUUUCUAGUGCAGCUUCUAGCAGGAAGAUGGAGUGGGACUCAGGUGCUGAUGUUGGAUAUUCAGGAAACUUGGCAGGAAGCACUCAGGAGCAUUUAGUAACAUCUUUGAGUACCCUUGAGAGGAUAGCCAUUGGAAAUUAUGCAUCUGUGCUGCGAACUGAACCUGAGGGAACUACACAAGUAAAGGAAAAACAAAAGAUCUCAAAAAAGAAUGGUAAGUCCUUAGGCACAAAGGGAGGAAAUAACUCCAGCACAAGCAGACAGACAGUUACAGAAGGAGUUACUCCAUCACCCUCUCGCUCUCUUCGAGUUCACCAAGCACGAGACAUGGGGAACUUGUCCUCAAGUGAUGAAGACUUUGGUAGUAAAUUAUCAAGUCCAGCACAAAGCCCGAGACGGAAACUGCGAAGGCGUUCAGCACUUACCACCACCAAGGAUAUUGAUUCACCGUCAAAGAGGAUGAGUAAAGGGCACCAGAUACCUAAUAAAAGACUUAGAGAAGUCAUGCAAGAACUUCACAAUGAAGGCAAAUCAAGCAGUCUGGUUGAACUUGCCACAACAUCUUUGAAGGUUCCCCAAUACAGGAGAAGUAGCAGUCAGCAGUCCCUCUCUCUCCUUCAAGGUAUGUCUGAAAGUAAUGUUAAUGCAGAGUCUAGCAUGGGCGUUGCUGCAGGCACUGCCUCAUCAGUCGCAACCACAAUGUAUCAAAAUAACAAGUCAGAGCAUUUUCCAGCAGCCUCCAGUAUUCCUAAUAUUUCCACAAGCACCAGCACUUUAGUUCAGAGCAUGUCACCAAUUCCUCUGGCUGGAGUUUCUGCAAGCUCCAGCACCAAUCUUGGAGGAGAAAUGCUGAACCAACAAGACAGAGAGAAGAAAGAUAAUCAGAAGUUUUUGAAUGAAGAUGCUAGGCAUAGCUCACAGUCAUCCUUACCAUAUGACCGAGAAAAUCAUGCACAUUUCCCUGGAAGAACUUGGACAUCCAGUGGAAAUGAUGUCAGCUCAAAAUCACAUGAUAGCUCUGACAUGGAAACACCUUCAGACAUGAAAGACACUGAUGUUGACAGUUACACCUCUCAUCAGUUUUCUGAUGAAGAACCAGUUAACCUUAAGGCCCGAAAAAACAGUGAAAAUGCUAAAAACCAUGAGAACAUUGCCAAAAAGUGUAGUAGGUCUGGAGGGGAGAGUGUAGACCACAGUAGGUGGAGAGACAACAAUGACAGUAAUAGUUGUUCAAGUUCUCUACAAUUGGCAGCACAGAGAGGCUCACCACAAGAUGCAGAAUCUGUACUGGAGAGUCAGGUAUCACUUCAGUCAUCAAACAAUGCUCUCCAAGCUCUCUCUGUCAAACUUAAAGAACGGAUUCAAGUACUCCUUGAUAAUGGAUCCUUAAAGAAGGUGCAGGACUACAACAAAUUGCAAGAUUACAUUCAGUUCAUUGGAGUACCUUCAACCAAUGAGGAGGAGUGUCGCCUAAAGCAGGGUGUGGCCAGUGUCAUUGUGAGAAUGUUUGGUGAAAUUGGUCUUGAAGACACUGAUACAUCAAACACACUCAACUCUGAAACCUCAGAUUUCUUAACAACAGACUCACAGAUGAGUGAUCAGAGGCCUCACACUACCAGUGAGCAUACUACUGUCAGCCAGGAAGAUUUAGAUGUUCCUCUUACCAAAGGUAUGUUGGAAGCAAAAGAUUCUGGCCAGUCAGGUGGACAGGAGCGCUACAUCACACCGGGGAGCACCAUUAAUGUAGUGCCGUAUCGUCCCCCCUCAGCAACCCGCACGUACUUCAUGGCUGUUUCACAUGAGCACGAUGCAGGAUUGGUGGAGGGGGAGCACACCGUCUCACCCGAUAGAAGGUCUCCUGUGGUGUUGGUUCUUGGGUCAGAACUGGAGGUCUCCCGUGGCCAGGCUGAGGGGCAGAGGGAAGAGGGAAAGGUUUCCACAUCACCUCCAACUCCACCUGUCCACCACCUCCCAGAUGGGGAUAAUGACUCCAACUUUGACUGUAAUUCUGAAGGCUCUAUGAGUCCAGUGGUAGAGGCUGCAGCAACAAAACAGGUGGGCACCACAGCAAAGAACCAGACAGAGGAUGACUUUGAAUCAGCUUCAGUUGCAGCAACUUUACCUCAGGAUUGGGGUGUUAAUCUUCAAGUAGGGAAGAGUCAGGGAACCUCGUCUGCAAUUGCCACGUCUGAUGAGUGUUCCCCUCGACAUGUCAGCCAUCGCUCAACUUGGGAUCGACGGUCAAGUUGGCAUGAUGAAGACUUAGGCGAGGGAUAUAGAGGCUCUGUCAACUGGUGGCCUGCCACAACAAGGUCGGAGAGGUUAUACAAGGAUAAACGAGGCACUCUUCAUGUAGCCAAUCAGCCUCCUGGAUACAUGGAUGACCGUGACAGUCACCCUAGUGAGUCUAUGUCAGACCAUGAGCACCACCACCAUCACAUUAAUGACACAGAGUCUCAGGAAGAUGUAAGAAGAGGGUCAGCAAGGCCGUGGACGAGCUCAGGCUCUGAGAGUGCCUACGAAACAAUCAGGGAACGACACAGACAUGUGGAUGAGGCACUGGCAUCAAGUUUUGAGUUUUACUCCACCUCUCCACGUGAUGCUCGGCUGUUGGGAUAUGUUUCUAGUGAUGCGGGGAGAGAUCAGGGUCAAGAAGAAGAGCAGCAGUUACCAAGAGAAGGCUCCCCAGAACCUGCUCCACCAUCUAGUCCACCCCUGAGUGAGCAACUGGCAGCUAGCAGGCCAGGGCGACCCAAGAGACACCACCUCUUACGAUGGCAACAACAACAACAGCUGGUAGAUAGGCAGAACUCCUCACCCUCCAGUCAGACAGAUGGAAAUGACGUCAGCAGCCAGGUGUCCUUCAUUCAGGUACAGAAGCAACUUUAUGUGCGAAAAAUACAGCGUCACAUCCAUACUCUUGAGAAACUGGAGAGAGCCUUGCUGGAGCAGUUAGGAGAUAGUGUUGGGUCAGAGAACAGCUUCAGGAGACAUGUGACAGAAGGCCGCUCGCACACAGAGUCAGACACGAAUGGCAAAUCUCAAACACGAGACAUUCUGGGUCAGUCAGAAACAGCAACGAGCAGCAUUAUAUCCAGUGCCUAUAGUGAUGAGACAACACAGAAGCAGCCUUACCAGUUCUGUCGAAAGGGACGAGUUUCUAAGAAUAAAGUGAUUGAAAGUAAGCCAGUGGGUCAAGAAAGUCCUUCUCUGUCUAUUGAGAGCAUCAAGUCAACAACAGGACAUUCAUUAAUGGGUCAAUCACACACACCAUCUCCAAGAGUUACACUGAGUCAGUUGAGUUCAGAUUUAACCAAUUCCCAAACUUCAACCCUGAAGCAAAUAGAGGAAGAGGUCAGGAAGUUGGCAGUGACUGAAGAGAAGUCACGAAACAUAAUGAAGAAUUCAAGGUUACGUCCCCAGGCACCAUCAAGAGGAGAACAAAAUUUUCAGGAUGCCAUCAUGAAAAUGCGUCGGGAAGAGCCCCGGGGAGAAGAGGAUCCUGUUCAAUCUCAGCUUGCCAAUAGAAGGAGUAUAUCUGAUAAUAAUUUGGACAGCAAUUUAUUAGUAAAGGGUAGGAUAUCAAAAGAAUAUACAAUGUUGGAUAACAAGGGAAUACCAAGCAAUAGGAAUUCAAAUAGGCAGCUGACUCAAGCAUUUGUUAUAUCCGAGGAAGAACUUACUGACAGGGCCAUCUCUGACAGUCAGAUAUCAAGACAGGGUGAUGGACGAGAGGCAAGAGACAGAAAUCAAGCCAUUAAAGUUUCUUCUUUGGUACCAAAGGGGGAUGAUGCCAGGACUUCUUCUCCUCAGCCUCCUCCAGGAAGAGAUAGAAAUGGACAAAGGCAAAAAGACCCAUUAAGAAUUAAACUAUCCAAAGAUUUUGGUCAAAUGUUUCCAAGCACAGAAAAUGUUUUGUAUAGUGAGGGUGAAGGCAAAUCAGAGAGUGAUCUUUUUGGUCACAGUAUUGGUGUACAAACUGGUGAUUCAUUAUUAUAUUUAGAUAGAAGUGCAAGGAAAUCAAAGGUAAGCUGUUCUUCCUUACCAAGUUCUGCUACUGUCAGUGAGAGAAAUUAUGUAAGUGUGAGUAGUGCUUUAUCUAGAACCAAAAGGACUUCAAGGCCAGGGUCAGGUAGAGAUAAAGAUAUGGAUAAACCUUCAGAGGUUAUGUCAAGCAGAAACAAUUAUGUAACAACCAGUAAGCAAAGCAAGAAGCAAUCACCAAGACCAGGCUCAGGAAAGGAUGGAAAUAGAUCCUCUAGAAAACUGAUUGACAAGCCUACUGCAUCAGAUAACAAACAAUUUGACGGAAAAAAUAGUGGCUCUUCUUGGGCAAAUGUUAGAAAAAAGGAAAGAGGUCACAGAAGGGGCAUUGAAACCACAACUAAACCAAAGACAGAAAGGAAUAGAAGGAAUCCAACAAAAGGUCAUCAAAGUGCCUCUUCAUCAAGAGUAGGGUCUGCAAGAGAUGAAAAGAGGCAUCCAAGGGAGCACAAACCAGGGACAUCACCCAGACCAGGCUCGGGAAGAUAUGAAAAUAGGUAUAAAAGAGACGAAAGAGCUGUAGUCUCUUCUAGGUCGGGGUCAAUGAGACAUGUAAAAGAAGGCAGAAGUGUGACAUCAUCAAUGCCAAGGUCGGCAAGAAGUGUAAACAGUGUCACUGAGGAAUUUGAAACACAAUCAUCAUCUAAUUCAGGAUCUACAAGUGAAAAUAAAUUGAUGGGUAAUGAUGGAGAUGAAGAUUCCUCAAGACCAGAGUCAGCAAGAAGUGAAUAUCAUUUCUCUAGUGAAAGUACAUCAUCACAGGAAGAGUCUGCAAGAAACAGAACAGGGUACAUUGAUGGGUGUAGCAGUGAAUCUGCAUCCAAAACAAUUCCUGUAAAAGAGCAUCAAUAUACUGGCAGUGCUAGAACAGUCCUGACUCCAAGACAACAUGAUGAUGGUGAUGAAUGGCAUGCUCAAAAUCAGGUAACUCACCAUUCAUCAAGGCCUGAGUCACAAGGUGAAGGACACAGACUUACUACAGAUCAAGGAAGCAUUAUGUCACCAGUAAAUGAACAUACUGGAGAGAGAGCCAUAGAGAGCACACAAUUAGAACACAACGGACCACCAGUGUUCAUAAUAUCUCCUGGUUCUUACAGUGAAGGAGUUGGAAAGCAGAUAAAAUUGACAUCCAAAUCUAUCUCAGGAAGUCUCAGGAAAUUUAAUAGAGUUAACAAGAUACUUGAACCACCCAUUGGUACAUCAUCGGCUCGGAGUGAAGGUUCAGAUACCCUGAGAAACGAUAAUAAAAAUCAGGCAACAUAUGUAUACGACAGUCAAAAACCCUUAGAUAAUAGUAAUAGCAUUGGCGACUUAAGAUCUGAAACUGAGAUGCCUAGAAGAAAGAACAAAGCAAUGAUAGAAACUGGUUGUGGAAAAACUAAUGACAGGCAAAGAAUGAUUGAUAAACUCUACAAAAACCCUGUAAGGUUUGAUGUGCAUCAUAACAACAAGGAAAAUUUCCAUCAUAUGCAGCCAAAGAAGAAGAAAAAUUAUGCAAACAUCACUGGGUUCAAAGGGCAGCUGGAAAACUCAAAGGAAACUUUAACUCUUCAGCGACUGAGGAAGAAGGUGAUCAGUGGUCAAGUGUCCCACGCACACAAGGAGAUUGUAACGCCACUUGUGUCUCGAGUGCGAUACAGGGAUUAAAAUCAGAUUGUUUCCUCAGUAAUUUCUAGAAUUGACAAAAGAGCCAUGUGAACAUUUUUGGAGCAGUGAGUACAGUAAUCCCGUGUUUUUUGCGGGAAUUAUGUUCCUGAAACCCCUGUGAAAAGCCCAAACCGCGAAUUCUCUUUUAGGUAUCACUGUACCUAUGGCCACUAAACAGCUCAGGUAGGUCAUGCACUUAACCACGCCAUGCUCUUCACUCACGGCCCAGUGGUCACACUGAUCACUGACGCACUGUACCGGCAUUUACUAAUAUCAUUAUUUGAAACUAAUC